CCGAGACGCUCAACUCGGCCCUCACCUAUUUCAGUUCCUUGGCCCAGUCUAAUGCAGGUUGGAAACGUCUCUCCUCUGCCUCAGUUCGCCCAUUGAGAAACAGUCAUUUAGGAUCCCCCACUAGUGGAAAGGGUGGCGGCCCCUUCUCGUCAUCGUCAACGCCAUCAUCUCCUAAUACUAAUCGGAGUAGUCAGCACUACUAUCACCAUGAUGAUUCCAUGUCUAAUUUGCAAAAUGGACCUCCAAUGCCAUCUUCGGCAGCCUCUGCUGCGAUCGAGUCACUCUUACCCUCGAUAUCAGUGUCUAAGAAAAGUGUACCUGGUAAAUCAGCCGAGAUUGUCAGAGCUAGUAUUACUUUGCCCGGUCUGAACGAACAGACGGAUCUGGAAGACUGGAGAGCUGUGCUUGAAUGUCCAGGAGCAAGGAAAAUUUGGGAUCCAAUGGUGGAUAGCUCAACUGUACUAAUGACCCUGGACGACUCAACUUGUAUCACCAAAACAAUCUUCAAAACCACAUGGCCAGCAAGCCCUAGAGACGCCCUUCUAAUCGAGACAACGCUUUUGGAUCACAAUGCAGUGCUACAUAUUGCUACAUCAAUCAAGCCAUCCGAGGAUGACCCUAUCUUUAUGCGACCCUCUCCUCCUCAUGUCCGCGCAUAUCUUCCAUUGGUUGUGUGGCAUAUUCAGCUUGUUCCUGCAGAUAUUGAAGAUACGAUCUCUUUUACCUCGUUCAAUUCCUUGGCAGCAACUCAUAGUAAACCUGUCAUGCCGCGACAUUCUAUCCGUGUCAGUUUUUAUUACCAAAUCGACAUGAGAGGUUGGGCCGUCAAUUCAUCAGUUUCUAUGCAGUCCCACGUUCCGUCCUGCAUUGCUAAUGUAUAUAGGCUAUUGAGACGACAAGGCGUUCCACCCCAUGUCAGUCGACACAGUGCUAGGAUACAGUUGGAUCUAAACGAGUACGACCCCGCUACAGGAAUCUAUGAGCUCCGAUAUGAUGUCAUUCCGGCAGAUUCAGACGACUUGUUGAUAGACCGAAAGACAGUAUCGAGCGCAUUAAAGCAAUUUCGAUUAGGAGGCUCCUCAUCAUUGGAGGAAGGGCCAGAGUUGAUCAUUCAGGAGAAUGCCAACGAUAACAAUAACGACGCUAGCAUCAAAGAGGAUCCGUCGACGACUAUCCCUCCAGAGCAUGUAUUAUCUGAUGAUGACGAAUUAGAUGAGAUAGAAAAUGAACUCUCAGACGAUGCUACAUCCUCACAACAAGUCGGAUACGUGGAUGUAGAACUAGAUGGCGAGAAAUGGGGUUUAGGAAGUGACAUUGUGGUACAUAUCUUUAUGAACGAUAUUGAAGAUGAAGAAUUUGUACGGGAACAUGUGGAAUGCCUCAAAUAUAUGGGCCGAAAUCGAUAUAUUCUUCGAAUGAAACAUACAAAUAUUGAGUCCAAUCAAGGCGCUACCAAUGUCAAACUACGGAUUGAACGUAUUCCUCAACAACAGCAGAAUGCUGGCGGUGCUGCUAAUUUGAUGACGCAUCAGCAGCUCUUGUUUCAACGUCAGCAGCAGGAGCAGGAACGGUUAUUGCAACUUCAGCAACAGCAGGAGCAGCAACAACCUGAACAGACGGGUUCAGACCAUGCCCAUGUAUCCGACCCAAAUGGACUCAUUGUUUCUGUUAAUGGUCAUGAAAAAAAUAUUCGUCCAUUCCGUAGGUCGUCUCUUCAGAAUGGAAGCAAACGAGGCGGUAUGUCGCUUCAGGAACAACUAGAGCUCAGUCAACAAAUUGUGGAAGAAGUUAAUGAAAAUUCUGGUCAUUGGCGUUCCGAAUCCGAUGGAGCAGAAGUGCACGAAAACAGCAGUAACAGCGGUGGUGGGAACAAGAGCACUACUUUCCCUCUAUUGCUGAUGUCUUCUUCAAUGUCAGCAACAAAGCAGAGUUUAUUUCGAAGUAAUCGCAGUUUCUUGAGUAAUGGUACCAGCACCAUGACUUCUGGAAAUACGAAUCCUAGCAAGGUAAACAACAGCUAUAGUUACUUUAGCUCAUUGUUGAAUGAGCCAACGACAUCAUGGAAACAUGUCACGAAACAGCGUGGAGUCCAAGUGUCGAAGCUUGAUGUUCAGGGCCAUGCUCCAGGGAUUGUUAAAGGGGAGGGCAUCUUCGAAGAUUUCUCGAUCUGGGAUAUCAAAGCGGCCCUGGACUGUCCAUCUGCACGCAAGAUUUGGGACAAAAUGUUUGAUGAAUCUCACAUGCUUCAACAUGUCACACCGAGCUCAACCCUUAAUUAUGUGAGGUUGAAAGGAUUCUGGCCAACAAGUCCCAAGGAUAUGGCGGUCCUGAACACAACUUUCAUAACUAAGGAAGCGAUUCAUUUUUUUGCAACUUCUGUUGACGAUACAAACCAAUACCCCUCCAUCCCACCUCCUGUAUCUCCAUUUGUUCGAUCUGAGCUUGUAGUAUCUGGCUGGUAUUUGGAGAAAGUUAAGCCUCAGAGUACUCGAAUUGUGUAUAUUGCCCAGGCAGCUCCUACGGGCUGGAUGGUUCCUGGGACGACCCUUAGCGCAAUGACAACAGAGAUGCCUCUCUGUGUUGCAGAGAUCAUUAAGUACUUAAACACGUACGGCAGUCCUCCAACUUUGGUCAGUAUUCGUAGAGGACGUGCACUGGGUAUAGAGUACUCACAUACUAAGACAACCUACCGCCUCGAGUAUAUCCCAGACAGCAACCCAAUCUUUUCAGGGCAGAGGGGGGCCGCUCAACAGCAGCAACAAGCAUCUUCUGUCAGAGAGAGCACUAUUGAUAUCACUGCAGAUGUUGGAACGCCUGACAAUUCACAGACCCAUUCUCCGAAGCUUGCUCCGGCAGACAAAUUGCUCGCUGAAAUCCGUUUGGAUGCUCGGGUCUGGGCAUUCAAUGGGGAUUGUGAUGUUACGAUUGACCCUCCGCCAUUCAAAGUCACUUGUAGCUGCGUGCCUCAUGAUGGACCAGGACUUCGGUUAAGAGUGGAGCACUCAGGCGGGCGAGCAGUUCCUGAAGGGGGAAAAGUUCUGUUGAUGGCACGGAAGCCCGCGAAGGCAGGGUGUGGUCUUGUAGUAAACGGUGUGCCUGUCAAGAUGCCAUCUCUCGAGCACCUUGAAGCAUGGACAACAGCAAUGCAAUGCAAAGCAGCAACAGCAGCAACACCCUCUGAAAGAGAAAAGGAUAGAGCGUUGACGAUGUCUUUGAUGGAUGGCGCUCUGUCGGAAAAGGAGAAGCAGGAUGAUGAUGAAGAUGACGAUAAUGAUGACAGGCCGGGAGCAGUUGGAUCGAAGGUCAACAGUAGAGAAGCUUCCUCUGCAUCGUCUCUUUCCCCAGGAAGUAAAGUAACCGGGAAGACUUCAUUAGAUCCCUUAAAGAUAGCAAGCAUGAAGUCCUCUAGCCAUGGCGACGGCACUGGCUACAACAGCGACAGUGGUAAUGAAAAUGAGGCAACUAAACAGCGCGGACAUAAAUCAUCCUUGAAUCCCUUUCAGUAUGCUCAGGGAGCUCUGGAUUUGUUGAUGAAGAUCAAAGCUGAUUCUGAGGACAAAUGGUCGGUUGUGUCAGAUACAAAGAGUGGUAUGAAGGUCACAAAACGGUUCAUGCCGGCCGAAAUUUCUGAUCAAGUUCCGCUAGUCCGUGGAGAGAAGGUCAUUGAGGGGUUCUCAUUGGAGGAAAUCGCAACUGUCAUCAGCACUCUUGGAACAAGGUCUAAACUGGACGGCCUGUUCGAUUCUGGGGAAAUGCUAGAGUCAUUCGGCUCAGGAUGUGCGAUCUUUCAUCAUGUACUCAAGAGCUAUUUCCCAUUACCACUCCCUGCUCGAGACCUUUACUUCGUCACAGCUACAGCUGCUGCAGAAGCUGGUGCACGCUGUCCACAAAUUGUUAUUGUCUCCACAUCCAUCCCACCUGAGGCUGCAGUAGCCACUCCACAACAUUUAUUCCCUUCACCAUCAGCUCAAACAGAGCCCCUGAUUGAAGCAGCAUCUUCGCCACUGGCAACAGCAUCGUCAUCAAAGCUGAAAGCAACCCAGAGUCGCCCUCUUGCGCAUUUACAUCUUUCGGCCUGGAUUCUGGAAGGCAUUGAUCCAUAUAGUUCCAGUCAUCAUCCGAUUCCAUCCACUCGUGUCACUUUUAUGACAGCUUUAGAUUUGGGCGGGUCGGUUCCACAAAGGAUCAGCGGUUUGCUUCAAACUACUUUCCCCAAGAUGAUUACUCAAGUUGAAAGCUAUCUACAGCAACAAGCAACACCACCUAUUGUACGCAUUCCAACACAGAUGGUCAUCCAAAAUAUUUCAGACACAGUAUCAAUUGACGAAGAGCGAGAGAAUGGGGUGCCAUGGAUACUACCCAAUGUAUCACCUUGGACCCCACCUGCCAGCAAGAUGCUCUUUUCAGAAUUUAAUCAGAAAGAUUCAUACUGUGAGAUGUUGCUACUUUUUGAUCAAUUUCAGUUGCACCCUUCAAGACUUGCUCUUGCUGCUGAAAGGCGCCUCCGGGAAGCGAAGAAGAAACAUCGGCAGCUGCGGCGUGGAAAGUCACGCGUCUCAAAAGAAUACUCAAAUUUGUCCUAUCAUGCAGAUGGUGAUUUUAGCGAUCAGGAGUUACAAGAGGCUGAGGAGAAUAAGGAGGAGGAGGAAGGGAUCAAACUCGAGAACAAGGGAAAGAAUAAGAAUGAAAUAUCUAAAAACAACGAUGACGGAAAGGAUGAGUGGAAUUCUUUAAAAUCGAAGCAGCGAACUGUACUAGAGUUGGUCUUGGAUUUAAAACAGUACCCCAUGGGUUAUAACAUCAUGACCAACAUUAAGGUCGACCCCGAGUUCCUGCUCCAACAAAAGCAGCAACGUGACAAGAGAUUUGCGCAAGGUAGCCAUCAGCAUCAGCCUUAUCACCCACUCAUGUUGACAAACGCAACGUCGAAAACCAAGCUGAUAGGAUCAACAUCUUCAACAACAUUGACAACCAACAUGAGUGCUCAUUACAGUGCUACAGGCACUAGUACGAGCAAUAACAGUAGCAGUGGACUCAAAUCUAUUAGCGGAUUAGACCAUGCAGUAGCUGCUACCCCUAGUACAAGUAGUACUGCCACCACUGUAUUUGAUAACAGCAAUGCUCGACACUCCUUAGAUGGCCAUGACUCAAUGCGUGCUGCUACCUCUUCAGAGGCUGCCAGUAGUGGAACAGGCAUUGCGGCAGUGUUAGGAAGCUCUGCUAAUGUCCCUCGAGCACUUCCAUCAUCAAUGUCACUGAUUAGGAUUUUGCCACCGCCUAUUACUGUUAACGUUGUUGAUAUUCCACCAGCGCCUUCACAUUCUUCUUCACUCUCAGGCACUUCAAAGCGAAGAAAACACUUGAUUAUUGUCACUGUUCCUGAAGCUGAGAGUAGUAUGGUGCACGUCAAUGCGCAACAAACCGUCUCUGUUAUGGGCCCACAGGCAAUCAAGGCAACUGGUAGCGGCGCCGCUGCCCCACGUAUUGUCCCCGGUACCACCACCCCAAAACCAAUAGUUACCACGAGCUUUGUAACAGGGACAAACUCCACAGAUUUCUUACCUGAGGAUCGCCACAACACUGAGCCAAAACAAUCUCGACGCCAGCACCAUAUAUCUCAGGACUCAGAUACUGUGAUGGAUAUACUUCCGCCGUCUCCUCUCUAUCCUGGGAAGUUACCGCAAGGACGGGCGACAGUGAUGCCUAGUACAACGGGCUUGGUUCCUAACAACUCGAGGCAUCAUCAACCAUCCAUCCCAACUACAACUGUCUUUACAUCUGUCGCAGCAUCAGCAGAAGUUGAGACACGUCUUUUCCAACUUGGCAUUAAGAUCGAUCGUUUGGAGCACAAGGAUCUGGACCAUGAAACUUUAAAAAGGGCCGCCAAAAACGACGUAAUGAAUUCAUCAUCCUCCCCAUCCAAUGAAAAAGAAUGGCUAGGAAAAGUCAUGGUGGAUGGACUGCCAGUUGAAGUGAUUACGAGUUGGCCAAGGCAUGAACUUGGAUACCUGGAUGGUAUGAUGGAAACGGAAGUGGAAGAUGAAGAACAACAACAUAUUGAGGAUCAAAGACAUAGUAGUUCUUCAUUGAGAGAGAAGGGUCCGGAUAAGAAGAAAGUUUCUUCAGGUAGAAAUGAUGAGGGAAACUAUCUUAUCGAAGAAAACCCUGUUAAGGCUGAGAUUGUGGCUGACGAAGAUCGCCAAAGGCGCCGUAGCACCACUAUUACACGUCGGAAAAGUCAUAGGCACCAGCAGAUUGUUAAGGUGUAUGAGGGUCUGGAUCAGGAAGGUCAGGAGGAGUCCAAGUCAUCAUCAUCUCAUAGCUCGCGUAGGACACUGGACCGAAACCUCUCUAGUAGCUUUAGAGCCAACCGCAACAACGACAGUGCUCAACCUACUAGCUCCAUGUAUGGCUUGUCUAAUAUCUUGAUGAACGUUGGGCUAUUCGGAGCUGGAUCUCAGAAAAAGGGAUCACGAGAUUUGAAAGCCUCAGCCAGAGGCAGCUGCUAUUCUGAUAUUGAUUACAGAGACUUGAACCAUGAUAAUAAUGACAGAACGAUACGUGCAGGCAAAAAGAGUAUGAAUAGAGGUAGCCUUGGGGCGACCUUAAGCAAUAGCAAUAGUAACAAUCAUCAUGGCAGGAACAAUAACAACAAUGAAAAGCAUGGUGGGGCUUACAAGUCUUCAGAUCAUCAUGAUUUAGACUUGGAAAGUUUGCAUGGAUCGAUUGUUUUCAAGGAUGAUGAUGUGUACACAGAUUCGGAUAGAAAGGAUGACUAUGGCCAUGACUAUGCUAGGCAAGAGGCUUCUGAACGAAUAGCACGACGGCAAAACGGCUCGAUAAGAAGAAGGAGAGAAAGUGAAGAUAAUUUCACUGUAGUCUCCAGCGACGAGGAAAGAACUUCUAAAGGAUAUUUUUCGAAAAAUCAAGGCGAUGAAGUUCGAAGGAGGAGACGUGGCAGUCGCAAUGGUGAUGAAGCACAGCAGCAGCAGCGUCAUUAUGAGGGCCCUGAAUUCCCUUCCAGAUCUCUUCAGAAUAAUCGUCAUCGUCGUCGCAGUAGCCGCUCAUCCAACAUUAUACAUAGCCACAACCUUUAUCGUUCUUCAAUGAGUAAUGGUGGCGGUAGAGGCCAGACUGUUGACCGUCGAUAUGGGUCUACGAAUGGCGCGGAUCAUCCUCGUUUUAGAGGAAGUCAGUUGUAUGCAUACAGUUUUAGGAAUCUGUUUUGGACUGCAGCGGUCUGUUUUAUCAUGGGGCUGUUAUUGAGGAUCUAUGUAAUAGGACCGUCGUAUACCAAGACUGUAGUAUCUUCAGCAUUCGAAAGUGCAGGGUUCGAUUUAGGUGGAUCAGGGUCAGGCUCGGGUUCAUCGAGGGGACCUACUACCUAUUAUUAUUACCAUACUAUACCUAAGAAAACUGCGCCAACAUCACAAGACCCACCUUCCUCAUCUACUUCCUCAUCCUCCACAACAGCAAGAGUUCAAACCAACCAAGAGAUCCGAGAGUUGUUUACAGUCCGGAAAGUAUUUGGAUGGGACUUUGUGCUCUUGGCCUAUCCAUCGCAUAAGGACCAGUCGUAAACCCGGAACAGAACAAAACAAAACAAGAGAAACGCAAAAUAACUCUUGG